AGGAGGAGGAGGAAGGCAGCUGCUUGUCUGCCCUCCUCGCAGCCUGCAAAGCUGCCGGCCACCGUUGCCCGUAUGACCAGGAGCAAGGCCACCGCCUGCACAUGGCUGAGCUGCCCCGGGCUGCUGGGCUGCUUCUUGCUGGGCUUUCUUGCAGGAUGGUUUACAAAGCUGAUCGAAAAACCCCCCAACUCUUCAGAUGUCUAUCAAAACGUGCGACAGAAACUUGUGGCUGAAAUGAAAGCAGAAAACAUCAAGCAAUUCCUUCGCUCGUUUACCAAGUUGCCUCACCUCGCAGGAACUGAACAGAAUCUUCUUCUUGCCAAACAAAUUCAAGGCCAGUGGAAGGAAUUUGGACUGGAUUCAGCAGAACUUGUUCAUUAUGAUGUGCUUCUUUCAUACCCGAACGAAACGCAGCCAAACUACAUCUCAAUAAUUGAUGAUCAAGGGAAUGAGAUUUUCAAUACAUCAUUGUUUGAACCACCUCCACGGGGGUAUGAAAAUGUUACUCAUAUACUACCACCAUAUAAUGCUUUUUCAGCACAAGGAGUGCCAGAGGCAGAUCUGGUAUAUGUGAACUAUGGCCGUACCGAAGAUUUUUUUAAGCUGGAGCGUGAAAUGGGAAUUAACUGUAUAGGAAAGAUUGUCAUUGCCAGAUAUGGGAAGAUCUUCAGAGGAAACAAAGUUAAAAAUGCCAUAUUAGCAGGAGCCCAAGGGAUCAUACUUUAUUCGGACCCUGCUGACUACUGCGCCCCAGGAGUAGAUGCUUAUCCAGAUGGCUGGAACCUUCCAGGUGGAGGAGCCCAGCGUGGGAACGUGCUAAACCUGAACGGAGCUGGGGACCCUCUAACACCAGGUUAUCCGGCAAAAGAGUACACUUUCAGGUAUAAAGUUAAUGAAGGUGUAGGGAUUCCCAAAAUCCCAGUUCAUCCCAUUGGAUAUCAUGAUGCGGAAGUAUUAUUACGAGCAAUGGGAGGACCCGCAGCUCCAGACAGCAGCUGGAAGGGAAGCCUCAAUGUGUCUUAUAACAUAGGGCCAGGAUUUGCAGAGAAUUCUUCUGCAAGAAAAGUCAGAAUGCAUGUUCAUACAAACAAUAAAAUAACACGAAUUUACAAUGUCAUUGGCAUCCUCAGAGGAGCUGUGGAACCAGAUAGAUAUGUUAUUUUAGGAGGUCAUAGAGACUCUUGGGUAUUUGGUGGUAUCGAUCCAACUACGGGUGCAGCUGUUCUACAAGAGGUUGUACGGAGUUUUGGUAAAAUGAAGAAGGAAGGUUGGAGACCUAAGCGGACUAUUAUUUUUGCUAGCUGGGAUGCAGAAGAAUUUGGAUUAUUGGGUUCCACGGAAUGGGCUGAGGAAAAUGCCAGAAUCCUCCAGGAACGGGCAGUUGCUUACAUCAACACAGAUUCUUCUAUAGAAGGUAACUACACAUUAAGAGUUGACUGCACCCCUCUUCUCUACAAACUGGUGUAUAAUCUGACAAAAGAGAUUUUAAGCCCUGAUGAGGGUUAUGAAAAUAAGUCUCUCUAUGACAGCUGGCUUGAGAAAGACCCUGCGACUGAAAAUAAUAGCUAUCCCAGGAUAAACAAACUAGGAUCAGGCAGUGAUUUUGAAGCUUACUUUCAGCGACUGGGAAUCGUGUCAGGCAGAGUCCGUUAUACCAAGAACAGGAAAACAGACAAAUUCAGCAAUUAUCCUGUUUAUCACACUGUGUAUGAGACCUUUGAGCUAGUGGAAAAAUUUUAUGACCCUACCUUCAAGAAACAGCUAACAAUUGCCCAGUUACGAGGCAAAUUGGUUUAUGAACUGGCAGAUUCCCAGGUCAUUCCAUUUGACUGUAGAGAUUAUGGAGAAGCCUUAAAAGGAUAUAGCAAUAGAAUUUAUAAAUUGGCCAAGAAACAUGAAGAACAGCUGAAACCUCACAAAGUAUCCUUCGAUCCUCUUUUUUCCGCUGUGGUGAACUUCUCAAAGGCUGCUGCUGAAUUCCACAGGAGACUUGAACAAGUCGACAAGAAAGAUCCAGUCGCAGUGCGAAUCAUGAAUGAUCAGCUGAUGUUUAUAGAAAGAGCUUUCAUUGAUCCUCUUGGCUUACCAGGAAGGAAGUUUUACAGACAUGUCAUCUUUGCUCCAAGCAGUCACAACAAGUAUGCUGGAGAGUCCUUCCCGGGGAUCUAUGAUGCCAUGUUUGAUAUCGAAAGCAAAGCAGAUCAGCAUGCAGCCUGGGAAGAAGUAAAGAGGCAGAUUUCCAUUGCAGCCUUCACUGUGCAGGCAGCAGCAGGGACACUGAAAGAAGUAGCAUAGGAUGAUGGCUGUGAAAAGCUUGAAGAGCAGAGUCUGAAAUGCAGUGCAGUCAGGCUGUGACAGGGACCCAGUCUCUCCUGGCUGCCUGACAUAUCUGAGCCUCCAACCUCCUGAAUUAACCCCAGUGUACUGGCAGGGUGAGCAGAAGCUGUGUAUUAAAGAACUCCUGAGCUAGAAAUUACUGCUUCUCUGAUACUGACAAAACUGUAGCUUUAAGAACAACCCUAGAUGGAAGCAAAUCUGGGGGUGAGGAGGGUGGGGCAAGGGAAGAAUCAGUUCCCAAUUGGAGUUUUCUGAAAGAUCUGCCAAUUUUGAGACUCGCUAUUUUGGAUGUACAAUUACAAACCCAGUUGUUUUCCAAGAUACCUGUAAAACUUGCCUGUAGCAGUGAUCAACAGCACACAUUUCAGGAGAAAAAAAUAUAACACUCCUCAGCACACACGUGUUUCUUUUUCUGAUAAUUGCUUAUAUAAUAUAAGACACCAAAGGCAUCUCUAUAUUUUAAAAUCUAUUCUGCAGGUCUGGUGUAUGCUCAUUAUACUGAUUUGAUUUCUUUUCCUGAAAAAAA